UGCACUCUCCCACUCGUCUUCGUAAACACUCUCACUGUCCCUCUCCUCCCCCUCCGUCGUCGAAGACACAGACCGCCAUGGCCUCCCGUCUUGCACGCAGCAUCCUCACCAGGCGCCUGCACGUCUCUGCACGGAGAAAUGCCCUUUCAAAAUUCGGUAUGCCUGCCAUGAGUCCAACGAUGACGGAGGGCGGAAUUGCGUCGUGGAAGAAGAAGGAGGGCGAGUCCUUCUCUGCGGGCGAUGUCAUUCUGGAGAUCGAAACGGACAAGGCUACUAUUGACGUGGAGGCUCAGGAUGAAGGCAUAGUGGCCAAGAUUAUUGCUGAGGACGGCGCGAAGAACAUCGCAGUCGGAGCACCUAUUGCCAUCUUCGCUGAGGAGGGCGAUGACCUUUCCGCGGCUGAGAAGAUGGCUUCUGAGGCUGCGUCGGAGAAGCCUGCCCCGAAGGAGGAGAAGGCUCCGGAGCCCCCCCAGCCCGAGCCGACUUCCAAGUCCUCCGAACCUGCACCCAAGACCGAGACAAAACCGGAGAUCCCUAAGGGCGACCGCAUCUUUGCAUCUCCCCUUGCCAAGAAGAUUGCCCUUGAACGUGGAAUCCCUCUCGCAAAGGUCAAGGGAUCGGGUCCCGAGGGUCGUAUUCUCCGGGAGGAUGUCGAGAAGUACCAGCCCUCUGCAACGGGUGGUGCUGCUGCCCCGACGUCGUCAUUCCCUUCCCCUACUGCUCCUCUGCCGGACUACGUCGACACUCCGAUUACCAACAUGCGGCGCACGAUUGGUACUCGUCUCACACAGUCGAAGCAGGAUAUUCCCCACUAUUACUUGACGCUUGACAUCAACAUGGACAAGGUCAUGAAGCUGCGGGAAGUCUUCAACAAGACGCUAGGCGAGAAGGACAAGACGGCUAAAUUGAGCGUGAACGACUUCGUGCUCAAGGCAGUUGCAUGUGCACUCGCGGACGUUCCGGAGGCUAACUCGGCAUGGAUGGGCGAGGUCAUCAGACAGUACAAGAAGGCUGACAUCUCGGUUGCUGUUGCUACUCCCACCGGUCUCAUUACGCCAAUUAUCAAGGACGUCGGUGCGAAGGGUCUCGCCUCGAUUUCUACAGAAGGCAAGUCUCUCGCGAAGAAGGCUCGGGACGGCAAGCUCCAGCCUCAAGAGUACCAGGGCGGUACCUUCACGGUGUCUAACCUGGGCAUGUUCGGCAUCAGCCACUUCACGGCCAUCAUCAACCCCCCACAGUCAUGUAUCCUCGCCGUCGGCGGGACGCAAUCAACAUUGGUCCCCGCGCCAGAGGAGGAGCGUGGCUUCAAGGUGGCGCAGAUCAUGAAGGUCACGCUCAGCGCAGACCACCGGACUGUUGACGGUGCCGUUGGUGCGCGGUGGUUGGCCGCGUUCAAGGGAUAUCUCGAGAACCCGCUGACGUUUAUGCUGUGAGUGAGAGGGGUGCAGGCUGGAUAAAACACUUGUCGUUAUCGACGUCUCCAUAGACUGCUAUCGCUACUACGCUUAGUGCCGAUAUAUAAUGUUUUCCUGGUUCUUGGCCAAUACUGGAGUUAUACUGGGCUAUUA